UUCUUUUUUCUUUCAUUUCACACAAACCAACCACACAAAAAAGUUAUGGCGCUCUUGAAACAGCACGUGUCGGAAUUUUCUCCGGACGGAAAACUCCUUGCCGUUGUAAAUGAUCAAGGAAUUCUCAAAAUAUGGGAUACAGAAACAAAUGAGUUAAAACAAGAGUUUACACCAAAUUUGCAUUUAUCUAGCAAAUGUAGUGCAUUAUCAUGGGUACCAAUUUCUUCCCAAAAACAGUCAAAAAAUGACCGAAAAUCUUUGGAAAGGAAUACUUCACUUUAUAUUGCAUUGGCUUCAAGCACAGGAGGAGUGUCAUUGUAUUCAUAUGCUCUAGGAAAGAUUGAACGCGAUUUAAAUGGCGAAGGUCAUUCUGGUAAAAUCACAUCAAUGUUUUACGAUGGCAAAGAAACUUUAUACACCUCUGGCGAAGAUUGUCAAGUAAUUUCAUGGAAUCUGCGACAUGAGAAACAAAAGAGUUCAUUUUCCAUUGGCAAUGAAAGGCCCCAUGCCAUAGCACAUCUUCCAAAUUCAAAUAAUAUAAUUGUUGGAGCAAGACAGUUGAUGGUUUAUUCCUUGGAGACUCAAGAAUUGGUUCAGACUUUUACUGGGCAUACCUCUGAAGUAACAAUUUUGACUUCAUUUUCUAUUGAAGAUACGGAAUAUGCUGUGUCGGCUUCGAAAAUGGAACGAAUUAUAUGCUUGUGGAAGAUUGGGAAAAAGGGUAAAAAUAAAGCAUCGACUUGUACUCUGCUGAUGGAAGAUAUUGCCCAUACCUUAAGUUGUCAGUUGGAUGAUGAGGGUAAUUUGAAAUUGGCCAGCGUUACAAGGAGUGGAGUGAUUCAUGUUUACUUAAUUCCAUUGGAUAACAUUAAAUCAGAAAAACCCAUGAAGCCUAAAGUGACGAUCGAAAUUGCAUCAGACAGUGCCUCUGUCAUUCAGCCAAUCCCUGCUAUUGCUGCUUCCCUGGAACAUGCUAUGAAAGGACAAAUUCUAUUUUGCUAUGGCGACAGGCAGUUUUUGACCUUCGAACAAAUUGUUCCCAAUUAUAGUGAGAAAUUACAAGUGCUCGUAAGAACUGAUCCAAAAACGAAUUUUUCAAAGAAAAAAUCUUUACAAACCCACGAUUAUGGUAGUUCCUUGAAAACAAUCACUCCGAAAAUUGAUCGACAUGUGGACUAUAAUACGGGAGGAAUGGUUUCUAGGAAAAAACUUAAACCAGUCGAAAUGCCUUUCGAGUCGAGACUUCAAAAUUUGAAUUUAAAUGUUGGUGAGAAACCUGAAGCACAGAGUAAAGUACAACUGCUUAUACAAGCAUUGCAUAGUAAGGAUGCAAGUAUGCUGGCAAUGGUCCUUCAAACAAAGGAUACAAAAGUAAUUGAAAUGACAUUACAAAGACUACCUGUACAAUAUGUGGGAAGUCUUGUAAAUGAGUUGACUCUUAUGAUGCAGUCAAAGCGAAUACAAGUGGAAUCAUCAGCAAGAUGGUUAAAAAUUUUAACACAAACACAUUCAAGUCAGUUAAUGGCUUUGGGUACUGAUGAUUUGUUGAACAAAUUUGGACCGUGUAUUGGAAUGAUUGAGUAUAGAUCAAAUUGUUUAAUGGAACUUUCAAAGUUGAAUGGACGAUUGCAAUUACUUGUUAGCCAAAUAAAACGCAACAAAGAAGAAGACAAUUUAAAUAAUGAUAAUGCAUUACUGUAUGCCGAUUCAGAUACCUCAAACUCGGAUAUGGAAGAAGGAAUGGUAGGAAAAAGUGAAUCAGAUGGUGAAUGGGAGGAAGAUGACGAUGAAGAAAUGGAAAGUUAAAAUGUAUUUUACUUACUAAAAAAAAAAAAGA